AUGGCGUUUAUGGCUUUCCAGAGUUUGUUUGUCAAUUUCGUUUUUAAAGUAUAUUGGAACCGCUGGAAUGACCACGUUUGUUGGUGGAAGCUCAAAGAUGAUCCAAACGUCUUGUUUCUUAAAUAUGAAGAUCUCAAAAAGGAUCUACUUUCACAAGUUCAAUUGACCGCCAGCUUCCUCAACAAACUGCUAUCAGAAGAUGUUAUUAGUCGCAUUGCUGAACAAUGUAGUUUCAGUGGAAUGACGAAAGAUCUGUCAAAGUACUCAUUAAAUGAAGGCAAGGUCUGUCUUCUUUGGAAGGGCGUGGUCGGAGACUGGAAGAAUUAUUUUACCCCAGAGUUGAAUGAGAGAUUUGAGAAGGAGGUGCUGUUAAAACUAGAAGGAACUGGAUUGGAGUUUGAUUUUGAGUUGUAG